AGGUGUCCCUAGCAGAGAGGUGUCCCUAGCAGGGAGGUGUCCGUACAGGGAGGUGUCCCUAGCAGAGAGGUGUCACCGCACCGUAAGCGUGAUGCGCUUGGAUGAUCCUGAAACCACCCCCCAUGGAAAAACUGUCUUCUGUGAAACCGGCCCAGAGUUACCCAAAGGGGGGCCGCUGUCCUUCGGGGAGGAAGUACCCCCGUCUUGCAGGGUUCGGCCCUUUCGGGGAGCACACCGUGAACGCCAGCUGGAUCGCAGUUCAGGAGCUGGAGAAGCUGGGCCUGGGCGACAGCGUGGACCUGCACGUGUACGAGAUCCCGGUGGAGUACAGGACGGUGCAGCGGCUCAUCCCCGCGCUGUGGGAGAAGCACAGCCCCCAGGUACCUGUGUGACUUCACCUACUACACCUCCCUGUACCAGAGCCGCGGGCGCUCGGCCUUCGUGCACGUGCCGCCGCUGGGCAAGCCCUACGACGCGGGCCAGCUGGGCAGGGCGCUGCGGGCCAUCAUCGAGGGCAUGCUGGACGUCCUGGAGCAGGCGGAAGGCGGCAUCGGCUGCUGCCACCAGCACUGAGGCCGGCUCCCUCGCUGGACCCCCCUAGACCUCGCCCCGCCAGCGCGCCCCGGGAGGCAAGGCGCGUGCGUGCGCCCUCCCAGGCCCGGCCUGGAGACACCGCCGGACACCUGGCAAGGGGGGAGGGCGUCCGGAUUCGGAUGAGACUGUCGCCGUGGACGCACCUCCUCUUCCUUCUCCUCUGCAAAAGCUCCCCCGGGUGACCGGAAGGACGCGGCGGAAGGUUUUUUUCUCUAUGACCCCCUCGCCUUUGGGGACCCGGCCGUUGCGGGCCUGGGGGGCCGGGUUUUCCGUCCCCCCUGCACCCCCGGGAUUUUCUGUCCCGUCUGGGGGAUCCACGCUGCCUUGUCGCCUGGUUUCCUGAGUCCGUCGGUGGCGAGGCCCCGCACGCAGGACGGCCUCGGGGGGAGUCUCCGCCUCCGCACCGCGCCCCGGGCUGCGGGGAGCCCCCCGCAAAGGCCGCCUCGGGGUGCGGCUUGACUCUGUUUUCUCUCUCUUUCUUAUUCUCUUUCUGAAAGCAACAGCGCUAGUUUGGGUA